CUGGGACGUCCUGUCGAGGAUGCCUUCGCGCUUCGACAAGCAAAAGGCCUGCGUCCCGUGCGCGGAUGCAAAGCGACGCUGUGACAAGGCUCUGCCCGAGUGCCAGCGCUGCCUGGACCGCGAUGUCGACUGCCGCUACCCGCAGCCCAAGCGCCGGCGCAGAGACCUGCCGGCAGCGGCACAGCCUGUGCCCACAGCGGCCGUCAAUGCCACGGCUGUUGGAGCAUCAGGGCAGCCUGUGUCUGUCCCAGCCAGUGCUGAGCUGGUCGGGUUGGACCCCAGCGCCGUCUUGCUCAACGACUGGGCCUUGUCUUCGCAGUCUCAGCACCUGUCCUCGACGAGCCCACCCGAUCCUCUGAGCACGACAGACAUGAUAAGCCUGGACACGCCAGACUCUGGUUUCCCCUCGUCAGCGUCACCUUCCUCCUUGGCCACCACGUUGCCAUGGUUCCUCCAGCCGCACUCGUGGACAACCCACCACAGCAACCACGACCCGGGCUGCGUCUCUGACAUCGAGCUCGAGCCCUCCAUCGAGCACAUCAAGCACAUGCUCCAAGGCUGGCUCACCCACGGCCACAGCCCCUUCAUCCACCGCAAGCUCUACUCCACCGGGCCCCUCCCAGACUGCCUGCAAGACGCCUACGCCACAUUGUCAGCCUAUACCCACCGCACCUCAGAGACACGGGACCUCGUCGUCCAGAUCGCAGAGUCCAAGAUGGCCGCUCUCCUCGCCCGCGAGACAGGCCAGGACAAUCCCGCCCUCAAUGGUAACGGCAGUGGACAAAGCAGCAGCAGCAGCAGCACAGCGAAGGACGUGAUUCGCCACCUGUCCCGCGUGCAGGCCCUGUUCGUGCACCUCUUCAUCCACCUCUUCGACGGCUCCGUCCGGCAGCGCAGCAAAGCAGAAAAACACCUCCCUCUGCUCCGCGAGUGGGUGCUCGACAUGUACACCUUCGCCCAGCGCUACAAUGGCGACGACCUACUCAAUCCCGUCCCUGAAAGUACCAUACCAACAAGCACAAACGGGGAGCUGGACCUGUCCCUCCUCCCGCGGCAGCAGGGGCCACCGCAUCGCCCUCCACGCGUCAUCUGGCAUUUUAAUUCCUCCACUCUGGCUGCCGAGCUGGACGACGACGCCCGCGCUGAGUUGUGGCGCGCCUGGAUAAUCACCGAGAGCGUGCGCCGGACGUAUACCGUCGUCGACACCGUCGUCAACGUGUACCAGAUCAUGACCCAGGGGUGGUCAGAGUGCCAGGGCGGGCUGUCGUUCACGGGGCGGAGGGGCGCCUGGGAGGCUGAGAAUGCAGUCAGGUGGGCCGAGGUCAUUACGGGUAAGGGUAAGAGCAGCGGGAAUGAGGUGCCGUUGCUGGUGCCAGCGCUCAGGCCCGAGGAGGUCAUGGCGCAGUGCUCGGCGGGGGAUGUGGACGACUUUUCCAUCAUGUGCUGGACUUUUAUUGUCGGGAGGGAUAAGUUGCAGAGCUGGGUUGAUCGGAGCGGUGGUCGCUGAUCGAACUGGUAGAGUAAGGCUCUGUUUGCCGUGACAUAGAGAGAUCGCGAUCAUGACACUUGCCUGUAGACGGGGAAAAACCACCUGCCCACGCAAUUAUGAAAGCUCACAGCUGACCAUAGGGAUUCGUGGGCUAAAAAGAACGAAAGAAAUUAGUCAAAAUUGUAACGAACUCUUCAAACCAAUUUCCAUUCACAGUCC